AAAUACAUUCUGGGCCUUAAUGGCUUAUGCCAUCCUAUAGAAACAGUAGGUCUAUACUCGGUUUACAUGAUAACGUCUUAGUUAGCUGAAAUGUGGAAUUUAUCCACUCAUUGUUUUGUUUGAUUGGUUGAGUUUCAAAGGUGCUCGCUGUUCCUUCUCUUCUCUAUGAGGAGUAAUUCACUAGGGGUUUGAUUUGAUGGAAGUAGUUUGCUCCUUGUUUCUUUGGGCUGUGGUUUCCUAUAAAUAAAACAAGCAAUGCAGUUUCGGUUGCUUUUAGUUGAGUAUGCUUGUGAUGUUUUCUUCACAGAUUGUCUAAUGGAGUUGACAAUAAAGCUUGAUGGAGAUAGGAAAACAUGGUUGAGACUACUUUUGAAAAGGAAUCAGGCAUUUUAUAAUAAAUGGAUUGUAUUGACCUGGGAAGUUUUUUUAAUGUCUUUUGAAACUUGAUUAUAUAUUAUUAGGAUGAGUAUUUAAAAUCCCCAUUGCCUACUGUUUUUCUUAAGGUCGCCUACAUUUCAGCACCAGACCAGUGGACAGCGAGGUGACAUGUUUUAGUUUACUGAAGUCUAGCUGUCAAAAACUCAAAGAUAGAAUGCGAUAGAAGUAGCAUUAUUUUGAUGACUAACGAGACAUCGAUAGUGAAAUCGACAGUUUUCAUGAUGAUGGUUGAAAUAUAUUAUCCAGGAAAAAAAUAUGUGGCAACUUGUCUACUAAUGACUUAUUGUGUGAAUAUUUAGGCAUACUGUGUACGUUUCUCCUAAUAGCGUACCGCAUCCAUGUCUUCUCAUGAUCAUGUUACGACGAGGUUACUAUUGAUUUGAAGCCUAUAUAUUUAAUGUUUUAGUAAAGUCGUCUGCGUUUGGAGAAUGUGAUACAUUCCAAGAAGGACACAUGGAAAACAAUAUAGGCCUACGAGCAUGCUGUUUUUCUGAUAGACUCAUGAUGUCGCUUUCCACCAGCUAAGUACAGUUAACUAUAUACCUCCACCUACGACGGGGGAGUGGGCUACAUACAGCGUGUCGCAUUACCAUUUUUCACUGAAAAGCGGUUAGACAUUGUAAUCUUUCUGCCGUUUGGCUAUUGAUUGUGGACAAUUGGCCAUAAUUGCUAUUAGACAUUGUAGAUGGGCUACAAAGGCAUUACGGUUUUUGCAUUUGCUUUUCGUCUGUCUUUUUGCCUUUCCUUCAUACACAUCAGCAAAGGAGACGUGAGCUAUUCUAUACCAGAGCAGGUGAAACGCGGAUCUGUGAUCGGAAAUAUAGCCAAGGUUCUGAUUUUGGAUGAUAAGCGAUUGGGUGUUAUUUUUUAAUUUAAAUUACACUUCGUUUUUCACAGUUAGAAAUACACAUUCAAACAUAAGAACCUGUAGACUACAUCGGUUUCCUAUUUAAAUUUAGUAAUGUGUAGGCUUCAUUUUUUCCCGCUGUUCUUAGUAGGCUGGUGUAUCGCUGUUAUCGCUACACCAAUUCUCAAAAUCUAUCGAUUUGUCUUUUUACAUCAUCAUGUCGGUUCAGAAUUUCUUUUUUCGAUAGUAGUAUCAUUUAGGUAGAAGCUUGCUCAUUGUUUGUCUAUGGCAUCCUGAUGCAUAUGUUUAACAAGCAUUGCAAUUGUUAUUCAUCUUUAUGGAAGUAUGGUUGUUGUGUUCGCCCAAAGUAAUUCUGACAUGCAGUAGGCUAAAUGUAUUUUCUUACCCUGUUUAAUAGUAACUGAAUCGAGGAUAAUGUUGAGUUUUUAAAUGGAAUCCGUUUAAAAAUAAGAACUUGACAUGGCCAUAUAGAUACGUUAUUAUUCAUUUUUCUAAUUUCUCUUUUCACAAUAAAUAUAUUGGAGUAGAUUGAGAUUUAAGCCUAUUGCGUUUUAGCGUUCUGAAACAUCCCCAUUGAUAAUUCAGCAACUCUUGAUGUCACCUACGUUCAGCACCAGGCAUGUGGACAGCGACUAAACUUUUUUCCUUCACUUUAACGUCAGUUUAAAUCCUGCCAAACUCAAAUGAAGACGGGAACAAUACCACAUGUUGGUUUGUUGAGUGAGGACACAUUGAUAGCUAGUGGAAUCCGUGCAUUCCAUUGGCUUAAAGGAGAAAGUUGUGACUAGUGUUAACUCAAUGUUUUUACCUUAUGGGACUGUUCUUAUUCAAGAAAAGGAGUUCAUACAUCAUACAAGCAUUACUUUAAAUGUAUUUCUGUAUAUCUAUUUAUUAUUUAACUGAAGUCAUAGGCUACAUCAUCUUUGUAUGAAAAUACAAUUCUAAGAUUGAAGACUAUUGAUGUACAUUGUGUGCUGUUUUUUUAAUGACUCAGGAUGUCGCUGUUCACCAGCUAAGAAAAGUUAGGCAGCCUACACUUCUCAACCCAAUAAUAGAUUACUCAAAGGGCGGAUACAACCUAUCGCGCCAUUAUCACUGAGGAGCAGUCGGCACAAUAAUCUCGUGUUUUCAGUUGGGUAAUUUAUCUUAGCCAAUAUUUGUAGUAGCCUAUAUUGCAUUUUUUUUUUGCCUUCACCUUGGAAUUGGACUAUUUUCUUUUGUACAUCGAAAAUGGGCUACAUUGGAUUUACAGUUUCAGCUUUUGUCCUCCAUCUGGCUUUUGUUCUAUCCCAAAUACGCAUCAGCAAUAGCGAUAUGACCUAUUCCAUUCCAGAGGAGAUGAAACGCGGAUCUGUGGUCGGAAAUAUAGCCAAGGAUCUUGGGUUGGAUGCUAAGAAACUGUCGGUUCGAAAAGCUCGUUUGGAAGAGGAUGGAACUAAACACUUCUGUGACAUUAACCUGAAUUCGGGAGAUCUUGUUGUCGCUGAAAGAAUUGAUAGGGAGCAGCUUUGCGGUCCGAGGAUUUCAUGUGGGCUAAAGUAUGAAAUGGUUCUUGAAAGUCCUUUAGAAUUGCAUCGCAUAUCUCUUCAGAUUCAGGAUGUGAACGAUAAUUCACCCCAGUUUGCAGAUGAUGUUAUCAAUUUGGAAAUAAGGGAAUCAGCUGAUAAAGGUGAACGUUUCCCCAUUAAUGAGGCCCACGAUGCAGAUAUAGGUCAGAAUGCAGUUCAAAGCUACUCUUUGCAAAGGAACGACCAUUUUGUCUUGAAUGUUCAUACUAAUCGAGAUGGAGGUAAAUACGGUGAGUUAGUGUUAGAAAAGGAGCUGGACCGAGAACAAAAGCAGGAGGUGACGUUGUUACUUACGGCUGUUGAUGGUGGGACCCCACAGAGAUCUGGUACUGUAGUUAUACACGUUACUGUGUUGGAUGCUAACGAUAAUAUUCCAGUAUUUAGCCAGGACGUGUAUAAGGUCAGUCUACCAGAAAAUUCUCCGUUGGGCACCAUGGUAGCUACAGUCCGCGCAACUGAUGUAGACGAGGGAGCAAAUGGCGAGGUAACAUAUGAUCUAGGUCGAAUUUCUGAUGAGUUGAAGAAUUUGUUUCAACUCGAUAGUAAAACUGGGGUUAUAAAUCUGUCUGGACCUAUAGAUUAUGAGGAGCAGCCCAUUUUUGAGCUGCGCGUCCUCGCCAAAGAUGGUGCAGGUUUGGUGUCAUACACAAAAGUACUGAUAGAUAUUACUGACGUAAACGACAACGCACCAGUGAUAUUAAUAAAAACUCUGACCAAUCCAAUUCCAGAGAAUGUGUUACCUGGCACAGAGGUGGGCAUCAUUAAUGUACAGGAUAAAGACUCGGAGGGAAAUAGACAGGUCCGCUGCUCCAUUCAACAAAAUGUUCCAUUCAAAUUAAAUCCCUCAAUCAAAAACUAUUAUUCUCUGAUAACAACAGGUGAACUCGACCGUGAGAUAAUAUCAGAAUAUAACAUAACUAUCACUGCCACUGACGAGGGGUCUCCACCUUUAUCCUCCUCAAAGAUCAUUAAUUUAUCUGUAUCAGACGUGAAUGACAACCCACCUGUGUUUGAAGAACAAUCCUACAGCACCUAUGUGACUGAAAAUAACAAGCCUGGCUCCUCUAUGUGUUCUGUUACUGCCAGAGACCCAGACUGGAGACAGAACGGUACGGUGGUCUAUUCUCUAUUGUCUAGUGGUAUCAAUGGUGUUCCGGUGUCCUCAUUUGUAUCCAUCAAUGGAGACACGGGGGUGAUCCAUGCUGUGAGAGCAUUUGAUUAUGAGCAGUUUAGGAGCUUUAAAGUCCACGUUGUAGCCAGAGACAAUGGUUCUCCUCCACUCAGCAGUAACGUGACAGUGGGUGUUUUCAUAACAGAUGAGAAUGAUAACUCUCCCCAGAUAUUAUACCCUGCUCCAGCAGGGAACUCCUUGAUGACUGAGAUGGUCCCCAAAGCUGCUCUGGCGGGGUCACUGGUUACCAAGGUGAUAGCUGUGGAUGCUGACUCUGGACAAAACGCGUGGCUUUCAUAUCACAUUGUGAAAUCGAUUGAUCCGGGACUUUUCACUAUUGGUCUCCACAGUGGAGAGAUCAGGGCCCAGCGGGACAUUUCUGAAUCUGACAGUAUGAAGCAGAACCUUGUUAUAUCAGUGAAAGAUAACGGACAGCCCUCUCUCUCUACAACCUGUGAUAUAUACUUACUCAUAUCAGAUAACUUGGCUGAAGUUCCAGAAAUGAAAGACAUGGCUUAUGAGGAUAGUUCCAAACUAACUUCCUAUCUGAUCAUUGCACUGGUCUCUGUCUCCACAUUUUUUCUGACUUUCAUUAUUCUCAUCCUGGCCGUGAGGUUCUGCCGCAGUAGAAAGCCUAGAAUGUUGUUUGAUGGAGCAGUCGCCAUUCCCAGCGCGUAUUUCCCUCCCAACUAUGCAGAGGUGGAUGGAGCUGGAACUCUGCGCAGUUCUUACAAUUAUGACGCAUACCUGACAACCGGCUCACGCACCAGUGACUUCAAGUUUGUCAGAUCUUACAAUGACAGCACGCUGCCUGCUGACCAGACACUGAAGAGAAGCCCAACGACGUUAUUAGAAGGAAGUUUCAUCACGCUCAACACUGCUGGGGAGUCUAUUGAGCAAAAACCACCCAACAAUGACUGGCGCUUUACCCAGCAGGGACAGAGACCCGGACCCAGUGGCACGUACAGGUACAGCACCAGCACCCAGCAGAGAUGGACACCGUACAGCAAGGCGAGAGCUGGCCCCCAUCCUGACGGGGCAGGUGGUGCUAUAGUUGGAACAGGACCCUGGCCCAACCCCCCCACUGAGGCUGAACAGCUCCAGGCUCUGAUGGCUGUUGCCAACGAGGUGAGUGAAGCGACAGCAACCCUUGGCCCCCGCUACAACGCCCAGUUCCCCAUGCAGCAUGUGCCCGAUUACCGCCAGAACGUCUACAUCCCCGGCAGCACGGCCACCCUGACAACCAACCCCCAGCAGAUGAUGCCCCAGCCGGCCCUGCAGGGCCCGCCUCAGGCCAUACCCCAGGUCGAUGUCCCCAACGCUGCCCAGACCCCCGCCAGCAAGAAGAAGACCACCAAGAAGGACAAGAAGUAAGCCAAGCUAACACCAAGCCCCAUCGCCACAUAAACCAAGACCCUGACCCCCAUACUGCCGAGUGUCUUCCCUCAUUGGAAGCCUUGAUCUUUGUUUUUCUUAUGCUAUUCAAUCUAAUAGUUCAAUCUGAUAGUCCCAGAAUUUUGGAUGUUUGUGAGCAUAUGUCACUUUGCAAAUGUUUUUAAUGGGGAACCGCUGUACUUCUAGCUUCUAUGGUCAUCACAGCUUACUUCAGGCAGAGGUUAUUGGUGUGUUCUAUGCGGGGUGGGAGGGGGAGGAAGAUUACAUUAGAUUUAUAUUGGAUCCAGAUGGAUUUCAGGGACCUGGAAUUCAUGUAGUGACCUAGCUCUGUAUUAUAGCAUUCUAAAGAAAAACAAACAAAAAAAACAAAACAAUCUGAUGGUUUGUUUUAUUAAACCGUUUGAUGUUUCUCUAAAAUGCCAAGUAGUUCUGCUUCUUAUGGUGACGGAUUACGCGUACACCUUGUUAGGUUUCUUUAGAGAACUUGCUUUAGCUCUUUUUACGGGAUGAAAUAGACAAGACAUGCAUGAUUCAUCCUGAAGAUGAAGAACCACUGAAGAUGAGCCUACACUAACAUGCUGUACAUUUAAAAAAGAGGCUAUCUUAACUUCAUCAGGAAAGUACCAAUGUCAUGAGAAUGCAUACUGUAGCAUUAACAACUUAAAACGCCUGUAAGGUUCAAUGUAGUUAUAUGACUAGCAAGCAAAAGAACGGAUGCUCAUUUAAUGUUACUUACAAUGGUGACCAUCAAAGUAUAUCCAGCUGCUUUUUAAAAUCUUGCCCAAGCAGGAUUCUGUGGUUAUUUACAUCACCCGAGCCACGAUUGUCACCUUUUUCCAUCAUUAUUGGUAGAAUCCCGUAGAGUGGCAUUAAAAGAUAACUUUGUUCAUAUAAUGUAACAUUGUAAAGAUGGAUCAGUGUUUUAUUAACUUAGAACCAACAUUAUUUAGAUAUUAUAUCAGCGUUGUUUUAACGUUGUAUCAACAUUAUGCCAGGCUAGCCCAGUGUGAUUGGCUCUGCACUGUGGGUUUCUCUAAGGCUCAUAGACAGUCCUGCGACCACGCCCCCAGGGUUGGGUGUGUGGUAAGGACAGAGGAGGGGAAAGGGUGAACAGUCUCUGUCCUCUUGCCACAUGUACAGUAUCUCUCCGGCUAUGACAGCCGGUAAAUGUGCUCUCAUCACCUCUUCAAUUCACAGUCUUUAUUCCUUAGUUCUCUAGGAGAACCUUGACCAGACCACAUGUUCAGUACACUACAACUCCAGGCACUGUAGGAUGUUCUGUAUGGACCGUUUACAGAAUCCUAUGGAUAAGCCUUGUUGUGGAGUUCAGGGCCAUAUCAGGACCAUGGACAGAGACCAUCUCUAUCUCCACUUCUAGCAGCAGUCUGGGGCACAGAUAAUAUUUUCAGUCCAUCCUUUAACCUGCCAAAAUCCCAGAUGCACAGACACCCUGCCCCCAUGUAAAUAAGACACAUAGCCAGUCUGUAUGAAUCUUAGAGAGACACAUCACUCUCUUACCACAACCACACAGCUGGCUAGUAUUGGAAUGUUUUGAAUAUUUUUCAACAAAAAAAGAUGUGUUCCAGAUGAAAUGUAGUGGUGUAGUGACUAAGAGUUGAGCUGACUGAUUUAACCGAGCUGUAAAUAAAACUCAAACUUUCAACAGACAGUCGUAGCUAGAGGCUUGUGAAAUUUGUCGUGCAUAUUUUUGUGUUUUCUCUCUAUCGCAUUCUUUCUUUGGUCACUCCAAACUUUAAAGUGUAACACUCAACACCUAAAUGUCUUUAAAGUGUGAUUCCAAUUCCCUGUACCUCUUCCUGUGUUUGUGAUUUGAAUCAAUUGUUUAUGCUAAUGGAAUGCCACCCUUGCUCAUAUGGAUAUAAAUAUAUAUGCAUCUUCCGCUGGAAUAGUCCUCUGUAUUCUAUUGUAUUAUCUUUGCUAUUAAAUUGCUUAGCGCUUCUCCCUGUUACACUCUUAUUUUAUAUGCUAAUAUUUAUAUCGCUGUUUAUUUGUUUGUUUUUGUUUACUCUUUGAACACUGACAUUUCCAAAUAAAAAUGUAUUCUAAAAUCA